UACAAGACUGAGCUCUGUCGUAACUGGGAAGAAACUGGUCAAUGUCGAUAUGGAUUAAAAUGCCAGUAUGCUCAUGGUGCACAGGAUUUACGAGAAAUCGAAAGGCAUCCUAAAUACAAGACUCAAAAGUGCCGUACCUUUCACAAGACAGGUGCUUGCCCUUAUGGUUCUCGCUGUACUUUUAGACAU